ACUUCUGUGCGAAAAAAAAAAAAAACCGAGUGACUGAAAGGGUUAACCUUAUGUUGCACAAAUAACAAGUUUCAACUGCUAUUCGUGGACUAGGUGCCUGUAUUUCAUUGCUUUAUUUUGCUCAACUGCAAUAUGUAUACCAGGGUAGUCCUUAUUUGGGGGUAAUCGAAAAAUAGUCAUUGCUACACACCCGAGACGUGUUUCACAUCAUAAACAAAAACUCUAUGUAAAGUUUCGUGCUGCUACAUCAAUGGGGACACGUACCUCCAUGAGAAAUUCCUACCAAAGAUACGCUCUGACGAUGUCUCCAACUCAAGCAACGGUAUCAGGACAUAUUUUCAAGAAUGACCUUGACUGGAUUGAAGAUGUACCCAGUACCGGUGCUUUGGCCGAGUACAGGGCUUCGGCAUCUUUUUGUUGGAAGCAACUUCGCCUAGUAAUGGAAGAUCCGGAUGUUCUAAGACUGAAGAUGAAAUUGUGGAAAGCGAUGGAAGCAGACCCUGAAUUUCACCCGCAUCAGGAUAUAACGCCUAGUGCAAAUGAACAGAAAAGACAAGUUGCCAGACAAUUGGCUCGCCUCAACCAUCUUCAUCUCUUGCCACCUAACAUAAAUCAAUUCAACUACAAGGCAAAGACAGGUUACCUGAUGACGUUGAACGAAGCAACAGCCAUAGUCAGCCCGUCGUUGUCUGUGAAGAUUGCCAUUGGAGUUUACUUAUUUGGCAAUACGCUGCUUAGUCUGGGCACUGAUCGUCACCUGCCUAUGUUUCAUGCAGUUUGGAACAAGCAGAUGCUAGGCUGUUUUGCAUUGACGGAAGUCGCCCAUGGUAGCAAUACGAAAAUGAUGAGAACCACGGCAACGUAUGAUCCAAAAACCCAACAAUUCGUACUACACACCCCCGACUUUCAGGCUGCAAAGUGCUGGAUCGGAAACUUAGGGAAAACAUGCCUAGUAGCGAUAGUCUUCGCUCAGUUGAUUACAUUGAAAGAAUGCCAUGGAUUGCACGCUUUCAUAGUCCCGAUUAGAGAUCCGAAAACCUACCUUCCGUAUCCGGGCAUCACAGUAGGGGAUAUGGGAGAAAAAAUGGGUCUCAACGGUAUUGAUAACGGUUUCCUAUUGUUCAACAAUUACCGAAUACCGAGGGAGAGUCUGCUGAAUCGAACGGGAGAUGUUUCUCCGGACGGCGAAUACGAAAGUUCCUUUUCAGAUCCUCAAAAAAUUCUUGGUGCGGCACUUGAAAAUCUCUCUGCCGGCCGGAUAGGUAUUUGCCAAGAAAGCACAAACACAAUCGGAGCCGCGGUAGUAAUAGCGGUGAGGUACGCUGCGGUUAGGAAACAGUUCGGUCAAUCAACGUCCAAUGGAAAGGGGGAAAAUCCUUUGAUCGAGUACGAGCUUCAUCGAUGGCGGUUGUUUCCCUACUUGUCUGCGGCGAUAGUUUUCAGGACCUUUAUGUCUGAAUUUACUGGAGUUUACUUGGAAAAUGUACAAAAAUCCAUGGAGGGUGAAAACGUACCAGAUCUUAGUCAGAUUGUAUCAGAAAUCCACUCAAUUAUAUCAGCGAUAAAGCCACUGAUCACCUGGACUUGUCGGGACGCAAUACGAGAGUGCAGAGAAGCUUGCGGUGGUCACGGUUACCUCAAAGCUGCUAACCUGGGUGAACUCGGUGUUAAUCACGAGCCCACCGUCACCUAUGAGGGUGACAACAAUGUCCUGCCUCAGCAGACGAGUAACUGGCUGUUACGUCAAUGGACGGAGGUGCAAGCUGGGGCUCCGUUAUCAAGCCCUCUCGGAUCAGUAGAUUUCCUUGCUAGCGGGCCAGUCAUAUUGAAAAGGAAGUUCCAGGGAAACAGCGUCGCCGAUGUGAUGUCUAAUAAUUUUGUAAGGGAAACAAACGAGUGGCUGCUGUGUUGGCUCGUCGUACAAACGCAACGUCAAAUUGAUCAAGGUAUUCAUGGUGGGCUAGAUAACUUCACCGCACGUAACAAGGCACAGGUCUACCGUGCAGCAAAUCUUUCAAAAGUUUACGGAGAGAUGAUAGUGCAAAAGUACUGUAUCGUCAGGCUGAAACGUUUGAUUCCAACGAGAUCAGACACACGUACCUUGGAACUGGUAUUAGAUAAGGUACUUCUUCUCUACACGCUGUCCUGUCUUGAGAAGCAUCUGGCUACCCUCUACCAAGGUGGAUACUGUGAGGGGCCUCGAAUGGCAGAUUUACUGCGGGAGUCGAUCCUUAUAUUAUGCGAACAGCUGAAACCGGAAGCUCUAGGCAUCGCAGACUCAUUAGCACCUCCUGACUUCGUUUUGAAUUCGGUCCUGGGUCGAGCCGAUGGAAAAGUAUACGAACAUCUCGAAACCUCGUUUAGGUGUAAUCCAAGUGGCAUGGAGAGGGCCAAGUGGUGGAAGGAGAUGCUAACCGCCUCGGAGAAUCCUCUCAAAGUUCCCCGUGCCAAGCUCUAACAUCAUUUAGCCAAUCACUCGACAAGCUUAUUUAUUUUUAAAUUUCCUAUCCACUGUGUGUGGCAUAUUAUAAUGUACCAGCUCUUUUUGUGCACACCCCUUGUAGACCAGGGACCUGUUUCAUUUACCACAUAUUAAGUGUAAAAGCAGAUCAGUAUGCGAUCUGUACUGCUGGUACAACUGACUGACGUAUCGGCAGUGAUAUUUUAUCCUUUUUUUUUUUUUUUUUUAUUUCAUGUGUCGUUUUUCUAAACCAUACUUUGGCAUGAAAAAUUAUUCUCGCGUGAACCGAACCUUGUGCGCUGACGCACUUGAGCGGCUGCCCGGAGCGAUUUCUUUAGAAACAGAAGGCGGUUAAAUAUGCAUAGUAUACCCGUUCUACUAAUGAAUUUCGAGGGAGCAUAAUUUAUUGCUUGGAACUAAAGUUGUUCAUAUUUGAUUAGAAAAUAGUUAAUUGUUCCUCUGUUAAUCAAUUGGGGAAUAUUUAAACGCAAUGCAGUACCUCUUUAUCUCAAUGUACAGGGCUCCGUAUCAAAGAGAAUAACUUUUCUAUGUCAAACUACAGUUUUAGAAGAUGGAAGGUUGAAAACAAAUUUAUUUUGUUUCCAAUUUCUUCCAUUAUGUACACCUGCAUAGGUCGAUACCGAAACGGAAGUGUCGUCCGGAAUACUGAUUUAGGUUGUUAUUGCUAUGCGAACCAUUAUCCAUUUUAAUGAAGUAUCAAAGAAUGUAUAUGAGAAGAAGAUUUGUAUUCUUGUGACUGAUUCCGACAGUUUAGGUCGAGCCGAAUUUCACAGCAUAUUGCAAAAUGUAUGGGAAUUUAUUCUUUCCAAAUUUUCUAUGCUGUGCAAUUAUAGUCCCCCUUUAUUUUUGUAUGCAAAAAACAUUUUACCGCGUAUGCUUGCAAUCGAAAAAUAUUUUGUAGAUCCAAGUGUUUUAAAAGACGAGUGUAUAUUUGCGGAUGAGAAUGGAAAUAUGCUAAUACUGUGACGCUCGCUGGCGAUUCCCUUCCAUACAAGUGACGUGGUUCGAAAAAGAUAUAUAGCUCCCAAGCGAGUCAAUUGGUAUCUUUCCAUCCAUCUAUCUUACAUCACCACGCAUGCGUACGUCCAGAUUAUUGUAAAACAUCUGCGAAAAUUUGUCCUAGACUUGAUGCAUUCGUAAGAGGACCUAUGUAUACCCAUGCGUUGACUGAAGAUUGCUAAAGGCAGCUAUCUGAAUGACGAAUUUUGCAGCCCGUUCCGAUUGGGCGAGGGUUAGUCAGGGGAGCUUUAGUAUAGAAAUUUCCUACCCUCACCGACUCCGUUAGCAUUGUAAGUCCCAUAAAAUGAAUCAGCGAACGUAAGACACCGCCAUUACCCCUGCGGCACUCGUGCGCUUUUGCUUGCUUCAAAAGAAUACUCAUGGCUGGCUGUCUUUAGCAAUCUUUAGUCAAUGACCCAUGGCAUGGGCACGUAUGUACAAUCUACAAUAUCAUACAUGCAUGAUAUGAGCAUCAUUCAUACAAAGAUAAAGAUGCGGAUCAACUUGGACAAUACUUCGCGAUGUAUAAAAUUGUUUCUUUAUUCGAUAUGCAUAUAGUAAUGUUGGUUAUUUCGCAAUAGAUGAUAAAAAAAAAAAAGUGUGCAAUUGUAACUGCCCUUAACGAAAACAUAUGAGAUAUCUGUUUAAUUUCCAUAAUAUGGAAUCCAAGUUUAUUCGCGAAGUGUAGAUAAGUAUUCUUUCAAGGAGUGUGUCAAUUUAUAAUCUAUCUUUGUUGAGGCCAAAAACGAUUAAAUCGAUAAUUAAGUUGCAUAGAAAAUAAAUAUGUUGUAAGAAGAAAAAUAUAUAUAACAAUUCCUAACAAUUUCAUAUGUAAGUAUCCUCAGGGUGAUUAGAGGCUUCCACCAGUUACUUUGGUUUCGUGUCUUGCAUAGUUUCAAUGAUAUAGGUAUAAAUGUCGGGCUACCUCCAGAAAUUACGAGGUUCAAGUUAGUAACGUUACUGUAACGACGCAGCUUUAGGAAAAAAAUCGUUGUUCACACCUUUAGAAUUGUCCGAAAUUUGGUAAACCGUAAUAAACAAAACUUACUCAUAUUUACAAAAGCCAACUCGUUGAAAGUCAUUCUAAAGUUGCACAGUAAUGCAUUACUCUGUAUUUCGUUAGCUUAAAGUUACAAACUUGAGCCUCAUAAGGUAUUUCUAAAUUCACAUGGUAAAAAGUAUUGUCAUGUCUGGACAUAUGUUCUAUAAGUGGCUGAAUUUUGUGUCAAUUAUUUCCCAAAAUCGAUAUUGCUGUUAUACAGAGACCGAGCGCGAGUAUCAGUGGCCAAAUUUAUCCCUAUCGGCAGUGACUUGCACUAACGUUGACGAGUGUUCUGGUGGUCAUUUGUCAUCAUUUUUCCGAAAAAAAAACAAAUAUUCGUACCCAGAAAAUGCCUCCUUCCAGUGAAAGAAAAGGCAAGGCUAAUUUUUGCACUAUUAGUUGUUGUAACAGUUGGAGAAAUAUAAUUCCAAGUCCCAUCGUAAACAACGAGCAGAUAUUUUUGAAUUGAGACACAGAAUUAAAGAUUUCGAAAAUAAACCAUUCCCGAUUUUUAUGUCUCUUUUUUCUCCUGCAAUACCAGGCAAAGAAACGAGUAGGUAUAUUCACCCCUGAUUCAAUAAUUUUUGAAGAAUUUUGCUGAAUUUAUUUAUGAACUAAAGGCUGGCUCCUGCACCCUUCGCAUCGCGCCUCGUUGUCCAGGGUCGUGCUCCUUACGAAUUGUCACUGAGGAACCUAUAUUACAGUUUGUCAUGGUAAAAAACUUUAGAAGUAAAUCCGAGUCGAUGUCCCAUCCGGCCUCAAAGAUAUAAGGCAAUUCGCGAAAACGCGACUUGCCCCUUUUCAUCCUUUUAGGAGGUGAAUUUUUAAAAAUUCCCCCUUAGUGGGUGCUAGCGUCGUGACAGAAAUUUCUUCAGAUCCUAAUCGGAAAAUGAACAAUAAAUUAAUAAAUGAUCGUCCCACGUUGAGCCAGUGGUGAAAAUUUCCGUUGUCUGUCAAGUUUCUUUCGAAACGGACAUCAGAAAUCGAAAACGGCGUAUUUUCGGAAUUCUCAAUUCUCUUAUUCAGUUUGAAAAUAUCCCGUCAUUGUUUACGAUGCGAGUUUGUUAUUUUUGUCGGAGAUAAUUCUAAUGUAAGUGAAGAACAAAGACAUGAAAAUAAAUAGAGGAUCAUUCGUAACGAUUGAUUACACAAUUUUUUAUCAACUUA